GGCCCUGGCUGCUGUCAGCAGAGAGGCAGGGCCAGUCGCGGGGGAUGCAGCUCCCAGCCUCGUCCAGUUCAAGCCAGUAUGGAGCUAACUGGCCUUCUCCCUGUGCUGGCUUCUCUCCAGAUCCUUCCCCAGCUGGUGUCACCUGCAGCCCCCCUGCAAGCCCCCACCAUCAUCGUGGACCCCCAGCACCCUGUAUAUGUCCUGGGGGAGCGUCUCACCCUCAGAUGCUCGGCCCCUGGCGGGGAGGCGGUGACCAGCUACCAGUUCUACAAUCAGCACGGGGAGCGGGUCUUCACGGAAACUACUGGCCUGCCCGGGGGGCUCUGGCUGGUCCUGACGGCUGAGACAGGGAAGGCCGGGGCGUACAGCUGUGAGUACUGGGCAGUGAGAGACGGACAGACCAUCUACUCUGUGCGCAGCCAGCCCGUCCAGGUAUCAGUACUGGAUUUCCCUGUUGCUCCGUCCAUCUCUGUGAUUUCUGAUCCCCCCGGGAAGAGCCCUGUUACCAUCGAAUGCUUGGUCCCUCCGGGAAACGUGGCUACAAGGUACCAGUUCCUGAGGCAGGGGAAUGUCAUUGUCUCACAGCCGGGUGCCCGUCUCCAGCUCCGUCAGUCUGAUUUGGACGCUACCGGCCCUUACACCUGCAGCUAUGAGAUCAGUGACUCAGGGAGAAUGAUCCAGUCACGGCCGAGUGCCCCCCUCUCAAUCCAUCUGACAGGGCCUUCCGUGCUCCCGGAAACCUUUCGGCCAACGCUGCGGCUGUCCCCAACGGGCCCUGAGUUCACCACCGGAGAUUCUGUUACCCUGACGUGCUCAGCUCCCAGCUGGGAGAAGAAGAUGGGGUUCUGCUUCCUCAAGGCUGGGGAACAAGUGGCAUGCACAAGACAGGACUCUCAGAGUUACCAGAUUGGCAGACUCGGCAUGGAGGAUUCUGGCUCGUACACCUGUAUGUACUGGGUAGCCGAACCUGGGCAGGAGAUCUCCUCCCUAGAGAGCCAGCCCAUCUCCAUCACAGUCACCGGUGUCCCACGCCCCCCGCCAGCCCCCCAAAUCAUUCUGGACCCCCUGAAACGCAUCUAUUUUCAAGGGGAACAUGUCAAGCUCACCUGCUCAGUUCCUGGCAGCGAGCAGGUAAGGGGAUACAGAUUCUACCAUCAAAUCGGGGAGCAGAUCUCCGAGCUGGACGAGGGGGCUUGGCUGGAGCGCACGGCUAUGACUGGGAAUGCUGGGGCGUACUCCUGUGCAUAUUGGAUAAUCCGAUCUGAGCAAGUGAUCCUGUCAGGGAAGAGUGAAUCUGUCUCCAUCACUGUGACUGCUCCUCCUCUGGCCCCCAAACUCUCUCUGCAUCCCAAGCUCCCUGUGUACCUGCCCGGGGAGAAGGUCACCCUCAACUGCUCAGCACCCGGUGGCGAGGAGGUGGCGGGGUUCAGGUUCCACCUGCACAGAGGGGAUCAGACCCCUGAAGAGCUGCUAGCUGCCAGCGGGGGGGCCCAGAUGGAGCUCACAACGCAGAGGGGGAAUGACAGCACCUACACCUGUCAGUACUGGAGAUGGGAGGCCAGGCAGGAGAUUGCAUCUGAGAACAGUAACAGGAUCACUGUACCUGUGUCAGAUCCCCCCGGGAAGCCCUCGGUGUCCCUGUCUCCGGACUAUUCUGCCUACAUGGCUGGCGACAGGGUGGAAAUUAACUGCUCGGCUCCCGCUGGUGCCUCCCCGGUGAAGUACGGGCUCUACGAGAAUGGGAAGCCACUAGGAUCCCUGUUGGGAAACGCUUCAUCUUGGCAGAAGGAUCUUCAAGUCAAUGGCACCAGAAACGCCACCCGGUCCUUCGCCUGCACCUACGUGGACCUGAUCCAGGGGAGGGAAGUGCCCUCCUAUGCCAGCGACCCCAUCUCCAUCUCCGUGUUCCCAGCACCGGCCGCCCCGUUCCUGCAGCUCAUCCCGCCCCUCCCGCUCUAUGUGACGGGCGAGACGGUGACAGCCGAGUGCGUUGUCCCCGCUGGGCCCUACAUCCUGCGGGCCCACUUGGUGCUGAGAGACGGGGAGACACUUCGAGAGCAACUGGGGCCCCAGUUCCCCCUGAAUAUCACCCCCAGCGACAGUGGGACCUACCAGUGCCGGUACAGCUCAGAGCUCCACAGACGCCACCUCCACUCACCCCCCAGUGAGCCAGUGCCACUGAGCGUGACUGAUCCCCCUCCACAGCCAGCGCUGAGUGUGGAUCCCCCAUCUGGAGUGGUGAGCGAAGGGCUCCCCCUGCUCAUCACCUGCAUGGCCCCCGGGGACACCAGCAAGAGGAGGUUUCACUUCUACAAAGAUGGAGCUGAGAUAAUCUCUGGGGACAUAGGGCCUCAGAUCAGCACCACAGAGCCCAGGACCGACUCUAUGAACUUCUCUGUGCUCACCGUCCCAUGGGCCGGUCCCAAUAACACCGGGGAAUUCAGCUGCGGGUAUGAGGUGAACAUGAGCGGCAGGUGGAUCCCAUCCCCCAGGAGCCAGGCUGUGAAUAUCACUGUGACAGCCUGGUCUCUGCCCGUCCCCCUGGUGGCUGGGUGCGGUGGGGCUGCCACGGCUCUGGCGCUGCUGCUGCUGCUCAUCUGCCUCUGCAGGAAGAAGACGGCAGCUAGCCGCCGGCUCUCCACGACCUACUGGAAGAGCCAGGAGCUGCGCCAGUCGCGGAUAGCGAGACGGUCGACUGACAUCUCUGGGGUCAAUAUGUGUCUCCAGCAGACAAUCGAGGGGGGCUGGCCCCAGGCAGCGUCCCAGGACUGGGGGCUGCUCCCCAAGCUCCCUGCGGAGGGGCCCAGGCCGGGGCGAGCAGCUGGGAGGGCAGCACCCCCUAAGGGCCAGAAGGAGGAAGACGACGCAGACUCCGGGGCUGAGUUUGAAUUCCCGGACAUGGAUCCAACGUACGCGCAAGUCACGUUCUCCUGCUCCACCUUCCGCCAGGGCCAGGGGCUCUCGGCCUCCCUGGAGCAUGUGUACAGCACCCCUGACCUGUGACCACGGUGACCCCCCCCAGCCCCGGCCCCGACCCCUGCCACUGGGGGUCGCUCUCCAGCAACCUUCCUUCUGUACCCCCACCUGCUGCAAGGGGCCCAGGGGUUACAGUGGCUGGGAGCCAGGACUCCUGGGUUCUAUCUCUGACUUGGAGAGUGGGGUCUAGUGGUUAGACCGAGGGGCCCUGGGGGCCAGGACUCCUGGGUUCUAUCCCCGACGUGGGG